CAUAGAACAUGUUUUCUGUGCUACGAUGUCAGAGGGAAUCGAAUUUGAGGGCAAUGUAAUUGGAACAAACACAAAGACCGAUUUCCCAACAUAUGCCAAUGAAGAUGACGACAAGCCAAAACCAGAUGGAGUCAUUGGGCAUCAAUACUUCACAGAAAAAGACAAACUACAGACUAGCUACAACAACCUGACUGAAGAGAGAGACCAGCUACAGAUUAAAUACAAAACCCUGACUGAAGAGAGAGACCAGCUACAGAGUGAGAAAGACAGCUUUUUACCUGUGUUUGGCAACAGCAACUAUUACGUCUUCAUGGAACAAAAUAACUGGGAAUAUGCAAAGCAGUACUGUCUGAAGAGAGGGGCACAGCUAGUCAUCAUAAACAACCAAGAGGAACAGAAAUUCCUAAUUUCAUUAAACAUACGUACUUGGAUCGGUCUGUCUGACAUAGAGACUGAGGGGACCUGGAGAUGGGUGGAUGGCACACCUCUGACUACAGCGUACUGGGGAGAAAAAGAGCCUAAUAAUGCUGGUGGAGGGAAAGACUGUGCCGAGAUUUAUCAUUGCAUUACUGAUCCUGUAAACAAAUGGAAUGACAAUUCAUGUACCUCUCAACUUAACUGGAUUUGUGAACAAACCAUUGAUUAACAAUACCUUCUUAUCUACAGUACAAUCAGAAUGCAUUAAGGCUGUACACAAACAAUAAACAA